AUGUCGACUCCGUGCCAAAAAGGCGGGAUGCGCCUUAGUGAAGCCCUAGAUAAUAUACAACUAGCUUAUAAUCCGAUAACAAAGCAGCUACAUUUCGUCAGCCCCAAGGUCGAGAAGCCAUCAGAGGACACUUCGGACGAUAUCGAUAAAUUGUCUAAAAAGAGUAGUUUUAGUGAUGAGGGAAAUUAUUCUAUAUCUACAUGUGAGAAAAGUGAUACUAGUGAUUCUCCAAAAAGUACUCUUCAAUGGGGUGGCAGCGUAAGUGGUCACCAACGUGGGAAAGAUGGAGGGUCUUUUUCAAGUACCGUCUCUAGUCUAUCAGAAUGUUCACUUGGAUCCAGUGCAUCGAAGGAGGAUGACACAGCCGAUAAUGAUACAAUCCAUGAAAAUGCAAAAUUAAAGAAAAAAGGGUUGUCUGGAUUUUUUAGCAGGUCAGUACAAUAUUUU